AAUUGAAAGAAUCAUUCGCGGAAUAAGACUCGAUAGCACUUUCGAUUCAGAUAAUCGUCCAACUUCUGCAUUAAUGGGAGUGUUACUGAAUGAAUUCCGAGGAUUGAAAUUGCUCGAGCGGACAAGCUGAAGAAGAUGUUGAGGAACAACAGGAAACUCAAAGACAUUCCACCGGACGUUAGACUGUCUUUAGAAUUUUUAGAUGAUGUCCUUGAAGAAUAUGCAGCUGAAGCAGAAGAGGCUGCCCGCAGAACAGAAAAGCACUUGGGAGAUAUGCCUGUGGAUGUAAGACACUCACUCGAGGUGCUGGACGAUAUUCUGACUAUAUAUGAAGAUGAAGAAAUGGAAGACCCUAACGCAGAAACUGCUGUAGAAGAUCUCAGAACUCUCGAUGCCGCGCCGCCGGAGGUUAGUAAAUCUCUGGAGAUGCUAGACAGUAUCAUCGACGAGGUCGAACAAGAGGCAAACGCCCCCAGACGUCGAAGGAACGGAACACAGGGGAGAAGAAACAGGCACGAAGAUAUCCGCCACUCACUGGAAGUCCUGGACAGCGUCUUGGCCGAAUUCGAUGACUGUUUGGAAUCUUGGGAUACCUCGCCGAGAAUCGACAUCAAGAAAUCUUUUGAUUCGUCAGCAGACAAAAAAUUUCCUUCAGACAAUAAUAGAGUGAAAGAAAGUAGAUGUUUCGACAGCGUUCCUGUUGAUGAUAAUAAAUUUAGUUCAAACAAUGCAAGAGGUGGCAGCACUAGUCAUAAUUCUUCCAGUUGUGUCCAAGAACAGCCCAAAGUUGGUUCACCCCCACCCAUACCAAAGCGAAGUCCGACGACCAGGCUGAGUGAGCAGAUUCUCAAUCCUUUCCCUUUCCCUUCUGACGACACCUCCUUGGACAGUUACGAUUCAAAUCGCUCCGAUUCUGGUGUCCAUGGCGACUGCUUAUCAGACCAUGCGCCGAUAAGCGGUUUAUCGUCACUCAAGAAGAAUGGCGACACCGCACCACGUCGCUCCGCUGCGAAAAAUACCUAUGACGCUGAUAACUGCGCUAAUUGCGGAUGCGAUCUUAAGCGAAGCUCACUUGCAAUGGAAUCCGCAGAAGGUGCCGACAUUCCAUCUCCCUUCCAGCAAAGGAAGCGGGUAUUUGAGAACAAAAUAGCUGAUGGUUUAUCUAACACGCCUCUCCCAACAGGUAUCAACAGGUCUUAUGGGUCAAGCUUUAGGAUCAGGAAGAUUCAGACACCUGAACAGCUCGACACUAGUUCGGGGCCUGUGUCUCUACCUGCCAAUUUAACUGGAAGUAGCAUCGACUCUACCUCACAACAGUUAAAUGGACUCUCAUCAUUUAAACAUGACGAUGAGAAUGAAAUUUCUCUGCCCAGUACACAUCAUGCUGUGAACUGCACUUGUAGAGAAAAAAUCCAGAAGCUCAAUACCAAGUUUUCCGAAACCAGGCGCCUCUUGAAACAAAAUUCAAUCAAUGGUUUGGACUCGAAGCCUCCUUCGUUUGUUCCACCACCUCCUCCAAUGACGAAUGGGAAUAGUACACAACUAGACUUGGUGCCGUAUUCGGAUAGUUCCGUGGAAACUUCAAGAAAUCCUCCACUGAGAGCAAAUGGCAAUAGUUCUGGGUUGCUUAAAGUCAAAGAUUCGCUUCAGGACAGUGAAGUGGAUUCUUGCCAUUCUGUAGAUAGUUCCAAUGAGUCUCUCCAAUCAGGAAAUCUCCGACUGGAAGAUUCUCUGCACUCCAGUAAACUGGUAGAUUCAUCUAGGCUUUGUAAUAGAUGUUCUAGUUCCCUCUCUGUCCAUUUGUCUACGACGAUUGAAGACUUGCCCAAUCUCCUUCCCACUGAUGCCUUAAACAGACCUCAUCUGGGGCUGUCCUAUUCCUUGGAGGACGAUUUAUCGCCGGGUGUGAAAGAAAUCCAGCAGUCUUCCACCCCUAGGAGUGAUGCCUCAUCCCUGAGCUUGUUCAAGACCAAAGACUCCAGCCUGUCUACCUUCAGUCACUCGGCUAGCAGUCUGGGUUACGUUUCUAGUCAGAGUGAUCUGGAGCUGAACAAUAUACCUACCAUACCGAAUAAAGUACCUGUCUCGACGUUCAAGUCAAGAACUUUACCUAAUGGUCUGGAUCGCUCUCCAUUUUAUUCGCCAAUGGACGAAGUAUUCGAUAGGUCUCACUCUCCUGGUGAAAGCAAGGACCACAACGGCAACAGGUAUCCGAAGCCGGGACACGUGUCCCACGAGAACUUGCUUCAGCUGAGGAGUUCCAGCGCCCCUCCCUUGCCGGAGGAGGAGAAACCCAAGAAAAAAUUAUUCCGUUUCAGCAGAAAGGACAAGAGCAAAAAGAAAAACGAUGACAGUUCAUCUCUAAAAUCUGAUUUAUCAUUUGAUGAAGGAAUCAUUUUAAAGAAAGUAGGAGCACUAGAUGGCAGUACUGUUCUACAUGAUGCCGUUGGCGACACCAGCGAAGCCGGGGUGGAAAAGAAGAGACGAAGCCUAUGGCGUAGUUUCGUAGGAAAGUAAUGAAACUUGCUGAAUAUAUAAACUACAAGCUAAUGCACAGCACUAAAAAAAAUGUACAGUUAUGCUAUUGUAAAGAGUGAUUUUUCUUGUAUCAAAUUUUUAGAAAAUAAAUGGGAUGUCUUUGA